UUUUACAUCACUUCCUGAAUAGUUCUUAAAAAACCUCACAUAUGUCUAUGAAGCUCGCAAGAAUAUUAAACAUCAUAUUUGUCGAGGAAAAAGUUCAACAGGAAAAAGACUCCUUUAAACUUCACUUUUUUGCAACAAAGAUGGCUGCAACUCUGACUUUUCUUCUCAUUAGUUCUCUGCUGCAGGGUGCUCUGUGUGAAAAGUGGCCAGUCAAUAUGCCACAGAAUAUAAAUGUCAUGAGUGGAACCUGUGUGACCAUCCCCUGCUCCUUUGAUGUAGACAGCACAUUUAAAAACAACUUAGAUGAUACAUGUAAAGCAUAUUGGAGUGAUGAACCUUCAUUUAAAAGUGAAAAUGCAAAAGUAAAGCCAACUAAAGACAUGACAGGAGAUCUAACAAAGAAAGACUGCACCACAACUUUCAAUAAUGCAAGUCUUCUUCAAAGAAGUAAAUAUUACUUCAGACUGGAGUGUGAUAAUGCACUGAAAUACAGUUUUACACAAACUGGUGUAAAUAUUUCAUCCAUAGAUGUUCCUCUCUCUCUGACUCUGACUCCAUCCACACUGGAGGUGAAGGAGGGAACCUCAGUGAGUCUGACGUGCUCUGCUCCAGCUCCAUGUUGGUCUCAUCCUCCAGCUCUGACAUGGACCCCUAACCUGGGUCAGAGUCAGGAGACACUGCAGGAGAAUCAGGACAAAACUAAAGUCAAGACUUCUGUUAUGAAUUUCACUGCUUCUCACCUCCAUCAUGGAAAUAAAAUCUCCUGCACUGCUGUCUACAGGAAACAAGAUGGUAGCCCUGAUGUCACUGCUGAAACAAGUUUAACUCCUGAUAUUUCAGAUUCACCUAAAAACAUCGCAGUUUCAGUCAGUCCUUCUGGUCCAGUACCAGAGAACAGCAAUGUGAGUCUGACCUGUAGCAGUAAUGCCAACCCAGCAGUGAGGAACUACACCUGGUACAGAGCUGAUGGAGACCAGGAGACGCUUAUUGGCACAGGAACCAGUUUAAACAUUCAAGUCUCCAGAGACAGACGGACAUUUUUCUGUAACGCUGAAAAUAAGAUUGGAGUUGGACGUUCCAGCAGCGUUCAAAUAGAUGUUCAGUAUUCACCUAAAAACAUCACAGUUUCAGUCAGUCCUUCUGGUCCAGUACCAGAGAACAGCAAUGUGAGUCUGACCUGUAGCAGUAAUGCCAACCCAGCAGUGAGGAACUACACCUGGUACAGAGCUGAUGGAGACCAGGAGACGCUUAUUGGAACAGGAACCAGUUUGAACAUUCAAGUCUCCAGAGACAGACGGACAUUUUUCUGCAAGGCUGAAAAUGAGAUUGGAGUUGGACGUUCCAGCAGCAUUCAAACAGAUGUUCAGUAUUCACCUAAAAACAUCACAGUUUCAGUCAGUCCUUCUGGUCCAGUACCAGAGAACAGCAAUGUGAGUCUGACCUGCAGCAGUAAUGCCAACCCAGCAGUGAGGAACUACACCUGGUACAGAGCUGAUGGAGACCAGGAGACGCUUAUUGGAACAGGAACCAGUUUAAACAUUCAAGUCUCCAGAGACAGACGGACAUUUUUCUGCAAGGCUGAAAAUGAGAUUGGAGUUGGACGUUCCAGCAGCAUUCAAAUAGAUGUUCAGUAUUCACCUAAAAACAUCACAGUUUCAGUCAGUCCUUCUGGUCCAGUACCAGCGAACAGCAAUGUGACUCUGACCUGCAGCAGUAAUGCCAACCCAGCAGUGAGGAACUACACCUGGUACAGAGCUGAUGGAGACCAGGAGACUUUAAUUGGAACAGGAACCAGUUUAAACAUUCAAGUCUUCAGAGACAGACGGACAUUUUUCUGCAAGGCUGAAAAUGAGCUUGGAGUCGAACGUUCUAAUCUGACUCAGCUUGAGAUUCAUUUUCUUCCACAGAUCCUGUUUUCAUCAGAUUGUGUUAAAACUGCAAGUCAGGUUAACUGUUCCUGUGACACUGAGGGAAACCCUUCCCCUGCUGUACAGUGGCAUUUGAAUGGGGAACCUGUCAAUCACUCUGGUGAAUUUGAAAUAUUCAGUGAGACUCUAAACAUCACAGUUCACAGGAGCUCCUUCAUUCUGAGUCAACCACAAGUGAAGCAUUUUUCCACCCUGCUCUGCCGUAGCUUCAACUCGCUGGGAUCUGCCAGUCAACAAUUUUGUAUGAGCAAGUUUAAAAGCUCUGCAGAACCUCAAGGUUCAGUUCUGUAUCCAGCGAUCGUCUUCACUCUUGUAGUGUUACUAUUAGCACUAAUGUGUGUUCUGCUGUUUGUUAUCAGGACUCAGACAAAUCACUGUAAGCUGAAAGUUGGGUUAAUAGAUGAAAACAACACAGUUGCGAUUAUUCAGCCUCCAACUGAAGAAGGAAAUGAGGUGCCAAACACAACAGAAGAGAGCAUUUAUGCAAAUGCUGAAAGGUUGAGAGAGGCAGGCAUUGUUGACCCUACAGGAGUUGCUGAGCCAAGCAGCACCAACUUGCCAAGCGCUGAGCCAGCGGGUGCAGAAGGAGGAAGCAAAAACUCUGAGAACAAAGGCGACAAGUGUGAAGUCAUUUACUCUAGUGUGAACUGGAAGACCAAGAGCAAGAAAAAAAAGGAAGAAACCUCUGUGGACUUGAAUUCACCUGGUAGCUCUUAUCUGGAGGAGGAGAAGUGCAUUGUGGGAAUUAACAGAAAUUUUGUGAGCAAUGCACUAGAGAUGGGAGGCCUGUAUGAUGAAGUGGGGUUUAAGAAUGUAAAAAAGGAAGUGGAGUGUGAAUAUGCCCAGGUAAAAUUUAAAGACAAGACUAAAAUGCAAAAGUAGUAAACUUCUGUUUUGUUGAGCUUACUGCUAAAAACAUAGCUGCCCAGCUGUACAUGUGUUGCUCGCUGCAUUUAGUCACACUAUGACAAAAACAUUUAAGAUAGGAAUAGAAAUACAAUUACAUACCCUUUAUUGAUGGGCCUUUGAAUAGUUACUAAGAAAUAUUUUUUGUUGUGUAAAUAUACCAUUGCUUAACUAUACCUGUGCUAGACCCACUCAUUUGUAGUUCCACUGAAUAUCAUUUGUUGGUAAAAGAGCAAAAAGACCAGACUUUUUAUUAAUAAGGUGUUUUUUUAAUUAAAACUUUUGUAUGUCAUGCGAUGACAUUGUGUCAUCAUUCUGUCUCAAAAAAAAAAAGUCUGAGACAUAAUAAACAAAAUUAUAUAUGAUAAACCAUGAGGAGAAGUGCGAGGAUCGGCAGACACUUUGACAUGAAACUGUAGGAAAGACAGAAUUAUCACUCACAGCAGCUGUGGUAUUGUGUACAAAUUGUUUGUAUAUUUACAAAAUAUUGCAUAAAAGUGUAUCUAGUUGGUUUUGUUCUUUUUGUAUGCUCCAUAUUAACAUCUUUUAGGCAAGCUUAACAUAAUUCCACUGGCUAGCUGCAUAUUAUAUUGUAUCAUUUAGGGCCUAAAUCCUUAACAUAGUACAGCAUCUUAGAUGCAUCUAAUGUUUGAGGCCAUGCUUUAAAAUUGAAUGUACAACAAAUAUUAAAG